AUACUGAUACUAAGCUAACUAUCGAUACAGCUGAUAUUUGGAUCGACCCGCCCAGUCUUCGUGAGGAGUUCUUCUUCGACUCACCAUGUCUUCACGCUUGUGUGGGCUCCUGCUUCUUCUCGGAGUGUUGCUCGUAGGUGGACUCGAUGCAUCGAGACUGACCGUAAACCAAGAACUUUCUACCUUGUUCGAUGAGCUGUGGCUGCUGGACGCCAACCGGAUGACGCCCGGUGUAGAUUACAACAUCUCCGUGCAGGGCCGAGCUGGUUACGUAAGUCAGGGGACUCACGUCGCCCACGACCACGCCUCCCUGCCGCUCUUCACCAACGUCAACGAGAACAAGCUGAGGAACACGACCACCAUCUCAAGGAUGAUGAGGCUGCUUGACAACUACGAGACAUCUACUGGUGUGUCUGAGCGCGUCACAGCUGAGGAACGGAUUGAGACCAACCGAUUCCUGGAUGCUGUCUUGGACACAGAAGUCAUGAAGCGAGCACACAGAUAUCUGGUGACUAAAGGCCAGUCUUCCUCUGACGUGAGGGUCUUUAAGAGUCAGCUGCACCUCAUCUGGUUCCAUCUUUACUACAGACAGAGGAACAGCGGGCCGGACUCCUGUGGCUUCGAGCACGUCUUUGUCGGAGAGAUCCGAUCCGCCAAUGAAAUCACAGGAUUUCAUAACUGGAUCCAGUUCUACCUGCAAGAGAAGGGCAUGCAGCUGGACUACAAAGGCUACAAGGCGCGGCAACACGACUUGCCGGACCAUGACGACCACGUCCUCAACCUGCAGUUCAGCUGGCACAGCGUGCUCAAACCUGUGGGCAGCUCUUUCAUCGGCACCAGCCCCGAGUUCGAGAUGGCCGUCUUCACCGUCAUCUUCCUCAUGAGCACGGAGAGAAGCACCACGGUGCUGGUCAACAUCGACCAGUGUCAGAUGGAGCUGGUGGUCAUCAGACACGGACGCUCCCUCGGCACGGCGUAUCCUAAACUGCUCAGCAGCAACAGCAGACAUGUUAGACCACACUCGCUCUGAUUCAACUUUUAAUCACUUACCCUCCCACUCUUCUUAUAUAAUAUUCUUUAAUAACCAAUAUUGUACUGCAAUGGAGUGACUAUGAGUUGACAUAAUUGUAAUAACAAAAACAUUCGCUGCAAUGGCACUGUCCUAUGAAGACUUUUUUAAAGAUGUCUAUUGUACACAGGAAGUGUUUUUAAUCCGAUUCUGUACGUGUGAUGUAAACACCGUUGUUUUGCAUAAACAAGUCUUGCAAAAAUUUGUUCACUCUAUAAUUUUUUUGCAUAUUCUAUUAAUUCAAGUAUGAAAAAUCUCACGUGAGCAACCUAAAUUUGUGUUCAAAUUAGGGCUGCCAAAGUAAAUAACGCGUUAACUAUAAAUGUCAAUAACGACACUGUUGAGAAAAGGUGACUUACAAUUUAGCCUCAGUUACAGGAAGUUGUGACAACGUGUGUUGAAAGCUCACUUUCGUUUUAGCAUCUUAAACAUCCACAUUCUGAUUUCACUCACCUGACAAGGACCCUUUCCAAAUGUAGUCACCAUAAUCACAAAAGCGAUUUUUUUUUAAAUUACAUUGCUAAGUCAAAAUAAGAAAAUUCAUUUUUAGUCAAAUGUUACAUAAUUGCAUAAUUAGUUACAUGGCUAAAUUAAAGACACUAUAGGAUAAAUGUGACACUCACUGUUGACAAUGAACCUUUCCACAGACCUUUAACUCUUUUUGUUGUUGUUUUUAUUUCAGUGACACUUCUCAGUAUGUUUGUGAUUUUUAUUUUUGUUGUUACUUUUUUUCCUUUUAGUCAGUCCGUGUGAUUCUCUAUCUGCUUUUGGUGAAGAGGAAGGCAGUACAUUGCUACCCACUGUGACUGAAAUGUAGGACAGGGGGU